UCAACCUCUCGCAAACAUCGGAGCACAUCGGAGAUUCUCCGAGCGAGUAUCGCAUUGUCGUCCUUCCCUCGCCCUCCUCUCAUUUUUUUUCUCUCCACUUCACAUCUCCCCCAUAUAAUAGUAUUACUCAUCCAUCUGAGGAACACAUGUGCUCAGCAUUCCUCCGAGUUGCAGACGUCGGUAGCUCAUAAGCCCCACUCAGAGAACAGCGAAUUGCGAAAUAGGGAAUAAUGUAAACGGUGGUAGCGUCGAAAGGACAUUCUCUCUGUGCCUCUGUGUUUACAAAGGUAUUGGUUUUCAUGAAGGAUCGGGGAAAGCAGCAGCUGUCCCAGUGAGAACCCGUAGUCAGGUGUAACAAUAGACGAAUUAAUCACCAAACGAGGAGUAAACAAUCGUCACACUGGAGGUUUCUAAGGGAAUUGAGGGCAAGAUGACAGGUGCAGGAGUAAUACCAUCGGUGGCCGGUGGUACAGCCACGUUACCAAUAGCCUCAGUCCCUUUACCUGGGGAAAUAAAGAAGACUUGGUUGCGUCGUGUUGCUCCAUGUCUCGCGUUCUUGGCGGCAUUUUCCACGGCGAUGGCUCUUUUGCUCAUUUGGAGUGAGGCAGCUGCACAGAGGAGACAAGCGUUCGAUGCUAACAUGACGAGAGAUUACGUAUUCGGUGUUUCAAUGGAUAAUCCCCAGCUAGUAACAUACAUUCGAGAGGUGCAUUUCAAGAAGCCAACGAACCAGGAGCUCCACAAUAUAACUGAAACACCCGAGGAGAAAUUCCUGGUGAAUUUCUUCAAGGGUAAGCGUGAUGGAGUUUAUCUGGAAUACAUAAAUCACGCCGGUGCUAUCUCGACGAGCUCCUGGUUGGAGGCCCAUUACGGAUGGCGUGGAUUACUCGUACUUACCGACUUUAGAUCGUUCUUCGAAGCGCGCAAGAGCUUCAGGAAUCCAAGGACGCGCGCUGUCCAUGCCUGUUUGAGCACCGACAAAGACACCAAAGAGAUUACGUAUCACCAAGAGUCAGAGGUGCGAGUUACCAAGCUGAGCGAAGGUCCAAAUAGUUUGAUAUUCUCUGAUGAGGGUCUCCCAACGAUGAGGCUCAAGUGCUUCCCACUUUACAGUCUACUUCUUGCUUACAAUCAAACAGCCAUUGAUUACUUCAGUCUGGAUAGCAUUGACUCUUCCGAUAGUCAGGUGCUUGACACAAUUCCCUGGGAUAUCAUACGAAUAUCAGUUCUCUCGAUUCGAACUAGUAAUCAUCAAAGUGAGGCCGAUGUAAGAUCACUCAUCGCUAAAUUAUCAGCCAGGCGAUACAAGCUCGUUAACACGACUGACACUGGUAAAUUGAUAUUUACAUACUCGAGAUUACUCAAAAUAUAGAAAUCAAAAAAGGAAUUAUAAUUGAAGAUUAUGCCAGUGUAGGUAUUAGUGAGAUAUUGAAAAUCGCGUCCAAACCCAGCGAAUCUCCCAAUCGAUUAAUCAUACGAACAAUUAUACAUAUUUUCUUUUUAUCAUGACGAAAAAAAAAUCGUAGGCAUUUAUUUUAUACGAUCAAAGAAAUAAUCGUGCAGCUGUAAUUAGUUUAAUUCAUUUUAUUGGACCACUGCCAAGACAUUUUUGUUUUUAGUCCAUUUCCAUGUCACAAUGUGUUUUCUACAAUUAUUUAAGUCAUCUUUUUCUACCAGUUUUUUUGUGCUUAAACUUGUUGUAAGGGAAGAGAUUGAUGCGCGAGUAUUACCACUAGAAUGAUCAUGUUUUCAUAUCGAGUAUGUAAGGGCCUUAUUAGCGAAUAAGAUAGUUUGAUUUAAUGAGUGAUUCCCAGGGAGAAAACCAGAAGGAAUUUGAGGGCUCACACGAAUUAAUGAAAAAUAAGACUGGACUUUCAUGUCCAAUGGGAAAUGAUUAACUCCUAGUGAUUAUUUCUCCUCUGUUAAAAUUCUUUUUCUUUUUUAUAAGAUAAAAAUAAAGAAUACA